GAAGGUCACAGCUUCAUAUGCUCAGUAAGGUCGAGACUUUAAAACGCUGAGGUCCCGAUUAAACCAUGGCUCCCGUGUUGGGAUAUUGGGACAUGAGGGGGCUUGCCCACCCCAUCCGAAUGUUGCUCCAUUAUGUAGGAGAAGAGUUCGAAGACAGGCGUCAUACACCAGGGCCAGCCCCGGACUUCAGUUUGGACCCGUGGCUUAAAAUAAAGUUUACCCUUGGAGUGCCGUUUCCAAAUCUCCCUUACUGGAUAGAUGGCGACACUAAACUUGCGCAGAGCCACGCCAUUAUAAGACAUCUGGCAAGAAAACAUAACUUGUGUCCCAAGUCAGAGGCAGAGACAAUAAGAUGUGACGUCAUCGAUUAUCAAGUAAACGAUUUUACGUGGGAUUUAAUUUACGUCUGUUACAAUGACUUCUUUAAAAUGGGGAAUUACGAACAAAGAAGAAUUGAGUACCUGGAUAAACUGCCGAGCAAGUUGAAGCAAUACUCGGAUUUUCUGGGAGAUUUUCCUUGGUUUGCUGGAAAUAAUCUUACCUAUGUGGAUUUCAUGGCAUAUGAGAUAUUUGAAACCCACCGUGCAUUUGCUCCUGGCUGCCUGGAUGGCUUCCAGAACCUAACAGAUUAUAUGGACAGAUUUGAGGCACUUCCUGCAAUUCGGAAAUACAUGCAGUCGGAAGAGUUCACCAAGAAGCCAUAUUUUAAUAAGUUCGCUAAUUGGCGGGGAGACUGAUCUCUCUGUAGGUGACCAAUUCAUUCUACUGCCAAACACAGAGAAGUUGUUAACCUUUGUUUUUUAAAAAAAGGGUAAAGGCAUCAUCUUUCGACUUCCGGUUUUUAGAGGUGGUAGCGAUACAAGAAAAUGUUAGCAACACAACUGACUACAUUGAACUUUUUGGGUGAAUAUUUUCAGUUCCCGCUUCGCAUCCGA